AUGGGCUACAGCACAGAGAAAGGUGGAGGCCGCCGGCGCGGCAAAGGCAGCAAGGGUGGCAAAGCUGAAGGUGGUAAGGGCAAGGCCUGGGAUGCUGCCCAGAACUCGGGUGCCAUUAAGUACACCCUGGAAGACUUAACACGUCUUCGGCCGCAGCGGGUUGUUGAAGCCUUUCCACAUCUCAGUGUGGCUGCAGAUUGGCCAGAGUCACGACCACCACGCUCUGGCUCGGCGUUUUAUUUGCCCUUGAUUUGGAGUGCGCUGCUGCCAUCCGAAAGCGGCGAUGGUGAUCCAACAUCAGAUUUAGCAGUCCAGCAGCUGAACAGUCUCGGGGAUGAGAAGCAUUUCUCAUCCAGACGUCGAGCAGGUCUUUUGGACGUGUGGCAGGCCCAAGUUUUCUGGCGGCAGAUCUUUUCUGGUUGGGAUGAUUGGGUGAAUCGAUUGCGCGCAGCUAUGAUGAGGUUUCAAGGGCCGGAAGGGUCUGGCAUCGAGGGUUUGGUCAAAAGCCAUGUUCAACGUGUGUCCGUGAAAGCUGGUGCGUUGGUGUACGGGGACCUCGAAAUCCUUGGAGCGCUACCACAUAUCAGCAAUGCCCAAAAAUCACCGGAUCAGGAUGCCAUCCUGGAGCUGGAUUUUUCGCUUCGCAUGGAAAUUGAAGCCUCUGUGGCAACCCUUUUCUUGGCAAGCACAAGCACCCCAAGUGGAGAGGAUCAAGGUUCAUGA